UAACCCCCAGCAGUCGCACUUUGGUGUCCACCUCUAGUUCAACCUGCGAAGCAAGGCGACGCUAAAAUCACCCUUCCCGGAUUAAAAGCCUUUUUUUGGACCGUACCGAGCCCCGACACCAGCUCCGCCUGUCGAACCGUCCGCUUUCUCCAGCAGAAGUCGCGGCUAACGCUAGCUCGUCGAGCCUCCUCCUCGGACUUGCACUAAUGUUGCUCAUCCUCCUCCGAGUCCUGGGAUCCUCAACUCGGUACGUGUUUUCUCGUGUUACGACGACCUGCUGUCGAUCGAUGCUUCUGGAACUGGUGGGCCCGGCCACUGUUGUGGCAUCAGAUGAUUCCAUACACGCAAUCAAAUUCCAAGCUGCUCACUUGGACCCAGUUCAGAACCAGAAUUCCCAACUUGUUUACGACUUUUCAGCAGCUCGGACGUCGAUGUUAUCGGUGGUGAUCGAUGCGUGAGAUGGACUUCUGCAGAUUUAGGUGAAUUAUACUAGUCACAGUGGGUUAAAGUCGCCGACAGAAAAAGACGAUUCAAGAGAGAAGCGGAAGUGAAAGUCUGACGGAACCGGAGCAGCUGAUCGCCAGGGCUUUAAAUGUCCCCUGUUUCGAUCGUGUGGUUUUCGGAUCAGCACCGAGGGUGUGUGGCCGAACAGCGCCAGUCAGCUGCUGGAGUCAGACGCGGAAUUGCACGGCCCAGCUCCGCAGAACCGCCACAUGAGGCGGAUCGAACCUCGAAUGUAUCGACACAUCUGCUAGUGUGACGACACGUGCGGUGACGUAGACUGGCCCUUACGUCAGGAUUCUGCGCUGUUAAGGGAUUUAAUGGACGCCACAAUUGACGGAAACAUGGAUUUAACCUGGCUCGACGCCGGUUAACUGGACACUAAUGAUGGGAACACCAUCUCCAGAGGGCCAUCUCAGCGCAGCAGGUUUAUGGCGAGAAGCGGGACAACAUGGUCAUUCCGGUCCCCGAGGCGGAGAGCAACAUCACGUACUACGACUCCCUCUACCCUGGAGACUACAAGAUGCCAAAGCAGCUAAUUCACAUACAGCCUUUCAGCUUGGACACAGAGCAGCCCGACUACGACCUGGACUCGGACGACGACAAGUUCAUCAACAAGUUGAAAAAGAAGAUGGAGAUCAGCUUCUUGCAGUUCGAGGAGAUGAUUGACAGACUGGAGAAAGGCAGCGGACAGCAGCUGGUGAGUCUCCCAGAGGCCAAGCUGCUGCUGAAGGAGGACGACGAGCUCAUCAAGGAGGUCUUCGAAUACUGGAGCCGCAAGAGGAAAAACAGCAAAGCCAACUCGCUCAUCCCCAACGUCAAGCAGGAGAAGCGUGAUGGCUCCAGCACCAGUGACCCCUAUGUGGCCUUCCGACGUCGCACAGAGAAGAUGCAGACAAGAAAGAACCGCAAGAACGACGAGGCGUCCUACGAGAAGAUGCUGAAGCUGCGGCGGGAGCUGAGCCGAGCCGUCACCAUCCUGGAGAUGAUCAAGAGGCGAGAGAAGAGCAAGCGCGAGCUGCUGCAUCUCACACUGGAGAUCUUCGAGAAGAGGAAUGUCAUGUCUGACUAUGGCGGUGAAGUGAUGGCAGAAGUGCUGGCAGAGAGGGCGCUAGUGAGGCCACAAAUCAUCCCGCUGGUACCUCUCACCAACCAGUACCACAUGGACCUCAAGGACUACAAGUCCAAGCCCGAGAAGACUGAGAUUCCCCGUCAGAAGAGGAAGUAUGAGAAGAAGCAGAACGUGCUGCCCCUGUCUGGCAUGGCUCACCACCAAGGUCCGAUGGUCUUCAAUGCCAAGGACCUGAACCAGUAUGACUUCCCCAGCUCGGAUGAAGAGCCAUUGUCUCAGCUGCACUCGGGCUCGUCAGAAGCAGAAGAGGAGAACGACCCAGACGGUGCCUACGCCUUCCGCAGGAAGGCCGGCUGCCAGUAUUAUGCUGCUCGUCAGGACCGAGUGGGCAGCUGGCCGUGGUGCGCAGGCUGGGAGGGCGGUCUGGCAGAAGCACGUUACCGCUACAGUCUCACUACGCUCACGGUGCCGCGGCGGUGCCAGGGCCUGGCCCGGCGGCGCGUGGGACGCGGCGGCAGGGUUCUACUGGACAGAGCGCACUCGGACUACGACAAUGUCUACCGCCAACUGGACACGGAAACACUCGACCUGCAGCUCCCCACAUCACCACCUCCUCCUCCUCCUCCCCCCACCACCACCUCCUCGUCUCGCUUGCCGGCCACCAAGUGUGCCAGUACCUCAGAAACAAAUACCUCAGACAGAACUUCCUUCAGCUCGUCUCUUUGCUCCUCCCCUCCCACGGACCUCAGUCAGAUACUGUUGAAUAUAAAGUCCUGCCGUUGGAGGCACUUUAGACCACGGACACUACCACUACACGAGCUGGACAAUGCCCACCCUCUGUUCAGGAGGCUGAGUCGAAGCCUCAAACCCCCCACCACCGGCUCCACGUCAGGAGCACAGACCCAACACCGCCCGACAAGGGCAGCCCCUGCCCCCACGCCCACCCCGAUCUUCACAGCUCAACAGUACCAGCAGCAUCAGGAGCAGCUGGCUCUGAUGCAGAAGCAGCAGCUGGAUCAGGUCCAGCUGCAGCAAGUCAACAGCAGCACCACUGCCAACAGCACACAGAACCUGGCGCACACCUUGGACCAGGCCAGCGCUCAGUUCGCCGCCUCAGCGCUGGUGACCGCCGACCAAAUCCUGGCUCUGAAAACCAAGGAGGAGCUGGGCCUGGGCGGCGGCGGCGGCGUCAACGGCGUCCUGUCCCCCUCAGGUGUCUACAAGGGCUUGCACCUUUCGAGCACAGUCUCCCCGUCCCUCGCUGCCCCGGCCCCCUCCACCACCGCCCCAGUCCCCGGCCCUGCCCUGCUCCACCCCUGCACCACCGCCAGUAACAACAACGGCGCCGCCCACCCCCCCACCACAACCGCCACCUCCACCACUCAGGUCCUGAUGGGAAACAACACCAACAGCAUCCGACUGGGCGUUCCCGCCGGGAAAAGGCUCCACGCCCCCCGGACGCUCGGCGCCACCAUGUCGACAUCCGCCUUAAAGCUCGCCCACGCAGCCGCUGCCACCGCCAACUGUCAGAAACCCAAGGUCACCACGACCGCCGCGUCACCGCUGGACCUCGUGCCCAGGUGGGAUUCUCCGCCUGCUUUAGGAAGCGCGGGAGUAACCGCGGCUAACGCGCUCUGGUGUUUCCGCAGGGAGAAUCACGAUCAAGACAAGCCGCCGCUCAACACUCUGUCCGAGAACACAAUGGCCAUGGAGGUUACGUAGCCUCGCACGCCGCCGGCCGGACUCCUCCUCCUUUUCUUUUAGGUGCUAUGCAUCAUGGUCUAGUGGUGAAGGCGAGCGGGCCGAGCGCGGCGAGGUCUGGUGGGAGUCAUUGCAAUGCUCGUCUGGUAUAUAUAGCUCCCUCCUUUAUUUCCUGUUUGUUACUGUUGAUAAGAGAUUGUCUGUAAAUUCUUAAUAUGACAAUUAUAUGUACAGUACUGCAUAUUUGUAAUAACACUCCCCCUCCCCCCAAAAGCCCUUUCUUGUAUAUAACAUUACUUGAAAACAAUUGUUCAUUUGUGAUGUUUUGCACUCGAGAAACAAAAAAAAAAAAGAAGAAAUCAGAGUCAAGAGAAACGACAAACUGCAGCUGGUGCGAGAGCGAGCGUCGCCGGCGGUCACAUGCAUGGUGCCGAAACCUGCUGGUCUAUUUAUUGUGCCGUGUUUACAACUCUUCUUUUAUAAACUUUUUUUUUUGUUUUGUUUUGUUUUUAUGAAACACUGUACGCCACCCGCCCCCCCCUUCACCACCAUCCCCCAACUGUGUUUAGCUAGCGAGGAAAAAAAAAAAAGAAAACAGCCUGGAGCUCGUCCCUUUUUCGUUUGUCCCGUUCCGUUGGACGUUCUUCCGUGAUGUUCCCGUGAUCGCUGAGUCCGGCGCAGGCUCGUGUGUGAAUGUCAUCAGUUUGUCGUGGGUCAAUCAGCUCCACAGAGAUCUUCCAUGACUUAAUAUUCCGUAGAAAGGAAAAAAAAAAACUAAAGAAAACGUGGAUCUUUCCCAGAAGUCUUUGCUGCUUCUGAUCGUCAAAGCACUAUUUUUUUUUUUUUUUUACUUUAAUGCUGCUUUUCUAUUAUUUUGUUCCUGAUGCCCCUUUUGAUUUUUAAAAUGAAUAUUUUUGUAUCCUCAAUUUUUUUUUUUUUUUUUUAAAUCGCCACACAUUGUUGAUCUGAAACUAAAAGGGAGUCGAGCAGAUGCAGUAACGGACAUCUCUGAUCAUUCCAGCGUCGGUGUACAAAGUUUCUCCGCUCUUCAGAAGGCUGUCGGUCGUCUGAGAAUCAGGAAGUUUGGCUCUCUUCUGUGAAGAGUUUGGUACUGAACAAAGCUACUUGUAGUCUUCUGGUGUCUGUACCGCGGUCGACCCGGGCCUCCCACCUUCUCUUUCUUUUGUUUCUCCUGCUUUUGUAGACACUUCCACCACUCGGGAAAGACAAAGAUCCUCAUGAAUUGUCACAAAAUGAAAUUAAAAAAAAAAUCCAGGGCAUUAUGUGUUUGGAUCAACACGUCUCCGCUUUGGUUUAUUGUCUUCACCUUCAGACAGAGCAGUUUUGUUUGUUUGUUGUGGUACACUUAAACUCUGAAGCCAGUGACUGGUCUGUUGCAUCGAGAUUGUAGUUUUAUCUUGAAACUACAUUAAAAGCGGUUGCAGCAAAGCACCACUCGGGGUCGCGGUAAUGCGCUCACCCUCCCAAACGACUGAAGUAUUUGGCAAGUCUGUUUGAAAACGCUGAAAUAGUUGUCUCACUGUGGUCGCUCAUGCCUUCUAAAGACUCAAUUGACCUCCCACUUGGUGGAACCAGAGAGUCCCUGAUCCUCACUUGGUCCUGGUUCUGCAGCCCGGAACUUCUGCAGAACCCAACCGUUCUUUGUUUUAUCCUAGACCUGCAACAAACCUCUUUCUCUUCAGAGUCUGAUCUCAGAAUCAAAAUCGAUCCGGGGACCUUCUCUGGAUCAGGACUCCAUCAACCGAAGGUCUUGCAUCUUGGCAACAUCCACAAACAGGUCACGUGUCCUUUUCUCUUUGCAUCUUAAUAAAAUCUUAAUCUCUUUGGGGGGAAUCCUGAUCCAUGUGAAGGCCGGCUCGGGUGACCCUUCAGGUGAGCACCAUGAACCACCUCAGUGUGUUGUAGUAGCGCCAUCUAGUGGUGAAGGGUGGCGUCUGUUUGCCU